CUUACUAAGAAGAGGCUGACCGGCGUAAAGUGCAUGACAUCUGUAAACAGACUCCAGUCUUCUCGAAUUGUCUCCAGGGUUGGAUGAAUUAUAGCAAACGUUUAAAAAAAAAUAACUGAAAAGGGAGGCACUGUCAAAAUGUUGUGGAGUAAAGCCUUCUGCCACUGCCCUGUGCUCCUCCUGAGCCUGUGGUUCUGUGUGGAAGCAGUGCCCAUCGCUGUGGACAAGACUAAAGUGGAAACCCCAGAGGAGAAACUGGAGGCACCACAGGGUGUGGACACCGGGCUUCACUAUGACCGCUACCUCAGGGAAGUCAUUGAUUUCCUGGAGAAGGACCAGCAUUUCAGAGAGAAGCUCCACAAUACAGACAUGGAGGACAUUAAGCAAGGCAAGCUGGCCAAAGAGCUGGACUUUGUCGGCCAUCACGUGAGGACCAAACUGGACGAGCUGAAGAGGCAGGAGGUGAACAGGUUAAGGAUGCUCAUCAAAGCCAAACAAGACGCUGAGGGAGGGCAUGAAAUGAACCACAAGGCGAAUCUCAAGCAGUUUGAGCACAUGAACCACAUGAACCCACACACCUUUGAAGUGGAGGACCUGGAUCAGCUUAUUCAAUCGGCUACCAAUGACUUGGAGAACUUUGACCAGAAGCGUCACGAGGAGUUUAAGAGGUACGAGAUGAUGAAGGAGCACGAGAGGAAGGAGCACCUGAAGAACCUCGACGAGGAGCAUCGUAAAGACGAGGAGCAGCACUAUGAAGAGCUGAGGAAGAAACACGCAGACCAUCCUAAAAUCAACCACCCUGGUAGUCAGGACCAGCUGAAAGAGGUCUGGAAGGAGUCAGAUGGUUUGGACCCAAAUGACUUUGACCCCAAGACCUUCUUCAAACUCCACGACACCAACGGAGACGGCUACAUUGAUGAGCAGGAGCUUGAAGCCCUGUUCACUAAAGAGCUGGAGAAGAUGUACAGACUCAAUCUAGAUGACAUGACAGAGAUGGAGGAGGAGAGACUGCGCAUGAGGGAACACGUCAUGAAUGAGGUAGACACCAACAAGGACAGACUGGUCUCCCUGGAGGAGUUCCUGAUGUCCACAAACAAGAAAGAGUUCUUAGAGCCAGACAGCUGGGAGACUCUGGAGCAGGCUCCCGCGUACACCGACGAGGAGAUGAAGUUGUUUGAGGAGCAGCUGACCCAGGAGGAGAGCAACCUCAACCAGAAGAACUCAGAUCUGCAGAAACAGGAGGAGGAGCUGGAGAGGCAGCAAGAGAAGCUCAACGCCCAGAAAGCUGAGCUGCAGCAGGCUGUGGAACACAUGCAGAUAAUAAAAUCGGAAAAAGCAAACGCCGCCAUUGAGAUGGAGGCGCUACAGUAGCAGUACCCCCUGGAGGUCAAGCAUUGCCAGUAUUACCAGGAGACAUUCUACCUCUACCCCCCGGUCACCAGCAACACUUACCUGCACGCUCUUAGCAGGCCUGGCAGCUUUUUCCUGUGUGUGGAUCUGUGUGUUUGCGUGUGUGUGUGUAUAUAAAUCUCGCAGUGAAUCAGUUUUAAUGUGUUGUCAGACCUCCGGAUUUCCCACAACACACCCCGAAUGCACAUAUACAAUCCAACAAUUUCCAGACACUAGCUAAACCAAUUAGAACGUAGCCUUUGAUUUUGACCCACUUCUAGUUAUGGCAUUCUGUAGCUGGCAGGAGCAGCCAGCACAACCGACAAGACUUGAAAGAAUCUCUGAACCAGACAUUCUGUGGACAAUCCACUCUUCGUUAUUAGUUCAUUAUAACCUAUUGACAACCACGGCACAGUUCUAGAAGGGAAGUGCUUUGGGAGAAGUGGGAAGAGUUUUUGUUCCUGAAUAUUAGCAGAAUGUGUGCAGUAUUUCGUUUUCUACCUAGUUAGGCAGGCUACCCAGUGGCAUCGUUUCUUUGGAGAAACAUGUUUAAAAUACAUUUGGUUGAAUAGUUUACAGAGGUGGGAAAAUGAAGGUCAAAUUAAUGUCUAUUUUGACAUGCUGCUUGAUAGUAUGCUGUCAACCUCAAUAAGUUAUAAUUUACCUUGAUAAUAAAUAGCCUUGCUGAUUCAUUCCUGACAUUAAUAAUUGCCCAUACACAGAUACAAACUCCUAUUGCCUUCACAUCAAUGACAAUGAAGGCAUAAAUAGUUAUUUUCAGUAUUACAUUGGUUUUAAUUGGACUUUGUUAAUUAAGAAACUAUUAUGGUACUGUAAUUCAAUAUUGGCCACUUUUUUUUUUACCUGCCAUAAACUGCUAUUCUUCCUUUGAACAAAAACACCCCAUUGAUGUGGACUGUGAAUGUUGUUCCAUUGUGGUUGAUACUGACAAUAGUAGUAUUUCAUUUAUCUUAGUGGUGACUGUCUGUUUACUGUAUUUGUGUGUGAGAGCUUGUCUUUGUGUGAGUAUGUAUGAGGAUCACAGAUUAGGAACAAAAUCCAUGGAUUUGUUUGGUAAUACCAUGGAUAUUUGACAUUAAUACAUUUACAUUUUAGUCAUUUAGCAGACGCUCUUAUUCAGAGCGACUUACAGUAGAGUGCAUACAUUUUAUUACAUUAUUUAUUUAUUUAUUUAUUUAUUUUUACAUACUGAGACAAGGAUAUCCCUACCGGCCAAUCCCUCCCUAACCCGGACGACGCUAUGCCAAUUGUGCGUUGCCCCACGGACCUCCCGGUUGCGGCCGGCUGCGACAGAGCCUGGGCGUGAACCCAGAGACUCUGGUGGCGCAGCUGCCCUAGACCACUGCGCCACCCGGGAUACAAUUUAAUACCACAAAUAUUGUUCUAUACUUAAGACCAUGGGUAUUCUACUAUACUUAAUACCAGUGGUGAAAAGUACUUAAGUAUAAAUACUUUUAAGUACUACUUAAGUAGCUUUGUUUGGUAUCUUUACUUUAUUUUACAUUUUGACAACUUUUACUUCACUACAUUCCUAAAGAAAUUAAUGUACUUUUCACUCCAUACAUUUUCCCGGACACCCAAAAGUACUCAAUACAUUUUGAAUGCAUAGCAGAACAGGAACAUGGUCCAAUUCACACACUUAUCAAGAGAACAUCCCUGGUCAUCCCUGCUGCCUGAUCUGGUGGACUCACUAAACACAAAUGCUUCAUUUGUAAAUUAUGUCUGAGUGUUGGAGCGUGCCCCUGGCUAUCCGUAAAUUAAAAAAAACAAGUAAAACGUGCCGUCUGGUUUGCUUAAUAAGCAAAUUGAAAUUAUUUAUACUUUUACUUUUGAUACUUAAGUAUGUUUAAAACCAAAUACUUGUAGACUUUUACUCAAGUGUUAUUUUACUUGGGGACUUUCACUUUUACUUAAGUCAUUUUCUAUUAAUUUAUCUUUACUUUUACUCAAGUAUUACAAUUGGGUACGUUUUCCACCACUGCUUAAUACCAUGGUUUCAUUCCACAAGAAGAGCAGUAAAACAAAUGUAGGAAACUACAGGCUUGUGACGAUCCUCAGCACCUUAUCCAAAGUUGUUGAGAGAUUCGUUUUUUUAUCAUCUUGAGGGAUAACUUCUCGAGCACAAACUUCUUUAUGAACUCCAAUCUGGCUUUAGAACAGCUUAUCCACCUGUUUGACCACAUCAAGCAGGAAAGUGAGAAGGGGAACUAUACAGGUAUGGUCAUGUUAGAAUUGCAGUAAGCUUUUGACACUGUGGACCAUGAUAUUCUCCUGAUGAAACUGAAAUGCAUGGGUCCAAAUGAUGUAGCAGUGAAUUGGUUUAGGUCUUCUCUGACCAACAGAACACAAGUAUGUAAUGUUGGUGAUGUUCUGUCAGAGGCCAAAGAAAUAUCCUGUGGAGUACCGCAGGGAUCAAUUUUAGGGCCUCUCUUAUUUCUUAUAUACGUUAAUGAUAUGCCAGAUACAGUAAAUUGCAAACUCCUGCUUUAUGCUGACGACUCAGCCAGGGAAGGAUACAAUUUACAUAGAGGAGACCAUCAGGAAGGAAUUGCAUUUUGUUAGAGAUUAGUUGACUGACAACAAAUUGUCGCUACAUUUGGGAAAAACUGAAUCGAUUUUGUUUGGAACAAAACUUAGAUCGCUUAGGGCUGACAAGAUAAAGGUAAACUGUGCAGGCAAGGAGAUUGAAUCUAAAACAAGUGUGACUUAUCUUGGUGUGUCCCUAGAUCAAUCCCUUUCUGGAGACCUGAUUGCUGCUAAAAUGGCGAACACAUUUUAAUUGUAACACUAGAUAUUUUAACAUCAAAGUCAAGAAACUGCUUGUCUCAACCUUCAUUCAGUGUCAUUUUGAUUAUGCUGCUCUGCUUGGUAUAGUGGGCUAUCAAAAAAGCUGAAAAAGAGAACGCAGGUCAUGCAAAGUAAUGUUAUCAGGUAUAUGUUGAUUGUCCCCCCUAGGACCUGCAUAGGGGUACAGGAGUUCUGGGAGGUGGGCUUGGUGCCUUUGGAGUCCAGAGUGGACCAACUUAAUCAUAUGUUUGACAUCUUAAAUGACCGUGCCACAGGUUAUAUGAAAAAACACAUUGAUAUGGUCUAUAACCGACACAGUUACAAUACCAGAGUUAGUGUUAUGUCUUGUAAAAUUGUCUAAGUAAGAGAAACCACUCCACUGCCCCUUGUGCCCCCUACUGCUGGUCAGGUGUAUUUAUUUGAAUGAUGGGUAUGAAAAGAUUGUUUUAAUGUGAAAUUAAAAUGGUUGAUUUUUAAAGUUAGGGGAAAAUGCAUUGAGUAGUGCCACUUUUUAGGAUGUCAAUAUAAAUGUAUGUUUUUGUGGUUGUUUGUAAUUUUGUCUUGCCUUUUCUUCAUAAUAUGUGUUAUUGUUUUACCAUCGAGGACCACUUUGGAAACAAGCGCUUUAAUUAAUACUUUCAAGUGAUAUCCUUUCGGUCCACAUUGUACAUUUUGUUGUAUAUGUCUGUUACCCAAAAUAAAUUCAAUUCAAUGGAUA